ACCUGCCCCCUUGGCAGAGCCGUCGUACUAUUGCGUGCUGCCGUGCAGGCACAGGCCCUACUUUAAAAUGACGAGGUCCCCUCCUCCCCGGCCUGCCUGCCAGGCACGUCCAUGAUCGUCGUCGUCUGCCCGAUAUUCGUUCGUCGAAGACCUCUCCUGGGAUAGUGUAAGGGCGUGCCGCCAUCCUGGCCAACCGCCUUUCCAUCCUGUCCAUUCGUUCCGGCGCUUAAACGAGAAAGGAUUAUCCUCGCAUCACCCAUUCACUCCUUCAAGAUGCGCAGUCUCUCAUUCAACUCUUUCCUUGCCCUCUCCUCACUCCUCGGCCUGGGCCAUGCCUUCAACGGCAACGCCACCGCUACCGCCGACGAUGUCGUGACCCUGGUCACCAGGGUCACCAUCACUACUUGCCCAAUUCCUCCCACCCCUCCGCCGCCAUGCUCCUCUGGGCCUUCGGAGCCGGCCUCUGACCUGACCAAGACCACCACUCGCACCACGAAGGCCACCACGGUCAUUACCACCCGAAGGAGCCACAACACCUCCUCCACGUGGACCACCAGGAUCCCUGGUACUGGGACCGGCACCGGCCCAACGCUCACCACGUCGGGCACCUGGGGCAACAGCACCACGCGCGUCACCAGCACCAGCUCCACCGUGUUGACCUCGUCUACCGGCACCAGCUUGACCACGUCGAUCUCGUCUACCAGCACCAACUUGACCACAUCAGCCUCCUCUUCAAGCACUAGCUCGACCGUAUCGACCUCCUCCAGCACCGCCGUCAGCCCUCCUGCCUGCACGGAUCAUUGGCUCGCCAAGGUUGACCAUCAGGGCCUUGCCCCUUAUGUCCCAAGCCCGUCCACCUACAAGGUCUUUCGCAAUGUCAAGGACUAUGGUGCCAAGGGCGACGGCCAGUCGGAUGACACCGAGGCCAUCAACCGGGCCAUCAGCGAGGGAGGUCGCUGCGGCCCUGGCAAGUGCCAUGGAACCACCAUCUCGCCGGCUGUCGUCUACUUCCCGCCCGGCACCUAUAUGGUGUCCAGCCCCAUUAUCGACUACUACUUCACGCAGAUAUACGGCAACCCCGACUGCAUGCCCAUCAUCAAGGCCACAAGCAACUUCAACGGCGCCUGGGUUCUCGAUGCCAACCAGUACCAGCCUGGUGGCGGCCUGGGCUGGGGCUCGACCAAUGUCUUCUGGCGCCAAGUCCGCAACCUGGUUAUCGACCUGACUGGCGUGUCGCCCUCAACUGGCCUGGUAGGCAUCCACUGGCCCUCAUCGCAGGCUACCAGCCUCCAGAACAUCCUGAUCAAGAUGUCUACUGCAAGCAACACCCAGCAGUAUGGCAUGCUGAUCGAGGAGGGAAGUGGCGGUUACAUUGGCGACAUGGUGUUCCAAGGCGGUCUUUAUGGCAUGCGUGUUGGUAACCAGCAAUUCACCAUGCGCAACCUGACGUUCGUCGGCGCCAAGACGGCCAUCAGCCAGAUCUGGGACUGGGGCUGGACCUACUCUGGUCUCACCAUUCGUGACUGCGACGUCGGUCUCGACAUGAGCAACGUUGAAGGGGGCAAGAUCAUGACCGCCUCCGUCGUCCUCAUCGACUCCGAGAUCGUCAACACGCGCGUCGGCAUCAUCACCGCCCGCCAGGCCUCGGGUAACAACCCCUCCCAGGGCAACACGCUCGCAGUCGAGAACGUUCGCCUGAGCAACGUCCAGACCGCGAUCCAGGGGCCUGGAAGCUCCACCCUUCUUCCCGGCACCUCCGGCUCGACCACCAUCGCCGGUUGGGGCCAGGGCAGCAGCUAUGCCGAGAAGAGCGGCCCCACGGCCUUCCAGGGCAGCAUCACCCCGUUCCCGCGCCCUGGGGGUCUCACCGCCGGCACCCACUUCUACGAGCGCUCGCGUCCCCAGUACUCCAACCUGCCCGCAUCCCAGUUCCUCUCCGUCCGGUCCGCGGGCGCCAAGGGAGACGGCGUGACGGACGACACCGCCGCCAUCAACAAGGUCAUCGCCGAGGCCGCCGCGUCCGGAAAGGUCGUCUACUUUGACUACGGCAUGUACGUCGUCACCUCGACCGUCAGCAUCCCCGCCGGCUCCCGCAUCACCGGCGAGGGCCUGCCCGUGAUCCUGUCCGAGGGCGAGUUCUUCAACAGCAUGGAGAGCCCCAAUCCCGUGGUGCAGGUCGGCAAGCCCGGCGACAAGGGCGCGGCCGUCGAGUGGAGCGACAUGGUGGUCAGCACCCGCGGCCAGCAAAAGGGCGCCGUCCUGAUCGAGUGGAACCUGAACUCGGCGACGCCCUCGGGCAUGUGGGACGUCCACACGCGCAUCGGCGGCUUCAAGGGCUCCAACCUGCAGUCCGCGGAGUGCCUCAAGACGCCCGGGACCGCCAUCAACCCCGGGAACCUGAACCAGAAGUGCAUCGCCGCCUUCAUGAGCAUGCACAUCACCAAGUCCGCCGGCAACCUCUACAACGAGAACUGCUGGCUCUGGGUGGCGGACCACGACGUCGAGGACGGCGCCAACAACGUCCAGAUCACCAUCUACGUCGGCCGCGGCCUGCUGGUCGAAAGCACGUCCGGAAACAUCUGGCUCUGGGGCUCCGGCUCGGAGCACCACCAGCUGUAUCAGUACCAGCUCGCGGGCACCAAGAACAUCUUUGGCGGCCAGCUCCAGACCGAGACGGCCUACUACCAGCCCAACCCGGACGCCGUCAUCCCCUUCCCCGCCGACGCGCGCUACCGCGACCCCGUCUUCGCGGCCGGCGAGAGCGGCUGGGGCCUGCGCGUCGUCGACAGCACGGACGUCCUCGUGUACGGCGCCGGGCUGUACUCCUUCUUCAUCAACAACGACAACUCGUGCGCCGCCGAGGCGAGCGGGAUCAAGUGCCAGUCGCGCCUGACGUCCAUCGAGAGGAGCAAGCUGUACAUGUACAACCUCAACACGGUCGGCGUCACCAACAUGGUCACGCUCGACGGCACCGACGUCGCGUCCUUUGAGAACCAGAGGAACGGCUUCGUUAGCACCAUUGGGAAGUACACGAGCUAAGGCGCGUAAAUAGGGUGGCUAUGGUGCGCGGUGUGUGAAUAUGCGGGGGGGUUUUCUGGAUGGAUAUCAGAUGAUGUAAUGUUUGGAUUGGAAAUGAAGGUUGCAGAAUUCUAGCAUAAACAAAGACUUUGACGCGUCGAGUUUUCUUUGACGUCCGUAUAAAUCUUACCUGUCAAUCUUCUGACCCUGGGCUUUGUUUCUCC